AUGGAAGCGUGGAGUUCUGAUUUAAUAUAUAACUAUGGUAAAAUAGCCUAUAUUUAUUCCUACCUAGGUAUACAUUUCAUUAUUAAGCUGCGACGGAAAAUUGAGGGCGUACCUAAGAGACGUUAUAUUACAAUACAUAUAUAUGGAGUCCGUGGAAUCUAUGGGGCUUCGUCGUGGGUUGUAAAUCUGGUUGCGCGAGAGCCACUGCCGCCUUAUUUCCGCAGAUCCCCCCCCGGAGGCUCGUGCCCAACCUCCCAACUCAACAACCCCGCCCACUUCUCACCUUCCGACCUGCGAACCACUCAUUACCUUACAUCCAUAUCCUCUACAGCAACCAUAAUAUUAAACACAAACCUACAAUUGAGGGCAUACGACAAAAUGAAUCGCGUUCAACGUCUUCAACCAUCUUUCCAAGAAUCUAGCCACGAGGCUGGUGCUUGGAAUCUUUCGACGGAAAUAGAAUCAGACAUCACAACACUAGCCGCAAUCUGUCAAAUCAGGCAUCAACAACGUGCUCCCUUGAGGACAAAUGUGGACGGAGAUGUGAACUCCGCGGAAAGCGCAGGGGACGAGCAAAUGCAUGUUGAUAGACAGCCCGCGACGAGCAUUGCCGAUUAUCUGACGGAGGAGGGUACGAAGUCGGUGAAGAUGCGGUUUCUUGAUCGGUUGGCUGAAACACUGUGCUACAAAAAGGAUCCGCACUAUGUAACUUGUACAGCUAUGCAGGAGACCGCUGACGAGAUGGGGGGAAAGGACAUCAAGCUCCUAGAGGAGGUAGCGAGGCAGCUGGAACUAGUCGCAAACAGAAAACCCUUUGACAUUGAGACUUUACCAGACCUCCAAGCAAUGCUCAGCGAAUACUAUACUCCACGCCUUCAUCAUCAUGCAUCACAGCUUCUCAACCUGGUGGUAGAGAAGAAGGAAAUGUGGAAGUUGGUUGCAUGUUUAAAGGCAUUUGACUCAGGAGAGAUCUCUUCAACAAUUUUAGUGAGCAUCAUCUACGACAUUUGCUACAGCACAACUUUCUACUCUGAGAUCAAUCGACUCUUUACAGACAAGCAGGUCAAACGACUAGUCCGUGAGUUGGGCUUUCUUUGUCGCCCUAAAUACGCCUACAUCACAUUUUGGGAAGCAGCGCGCGAGAUCGAAGGUUUCCAGAGCAUGAAAAUUACGCUCGUACCCGGAGCUAAAGCAAGGCACGUUCUACCGAGCAUAUCGUUGUGCCCCCAAUCAUCAAACAAAGCGGACCAAAAGGUUCGGUUGGAACUCCGAAAGAAGAAAUGGAUCCAUGCUGAGAUGGGAAUGGUUACCCAUCUCAUUAGCAAGGACAGUAUUACUCAAACUUUUACAUACCUCGGUAUCAGCAAAAAGACAUGCCUUAUGUGUGGCCACAUCCUGCAAAGCUUGGGUCUCUUUCAAGCCCGCGACAAUCAUGGCAAAGUCUAUUCACAAUGGACGUUGCCCAGCUCUCUAAUUAUCCCGUCUUCACAUCGAGCCAAGCUAGACCCUGCAGUUCAGAGCCUCCGCGAUAUGUUGCGGCAUGAGUGUGCUGUCAAAGAUGACCAACACAUCGAUGCGGUCAAAGAGUCAACUAUUUCAACUCCAGUGGCGCCGAAAACAACGGAAUGGUCCCCGUUCCAUCGCCACAUCCCAGAUCCUCUGUCCCAGGCAAGACAAGCAGAGUGGUUGUCAACACUCAGCUCAAGAGCAAUAGCUGACAACAGAAGCAACCAAAGUCAGACGAACAUUCCUGACAUAUCUCAUGUUCCUGAAAGAGACGAGGCCCAAACUCCGGAUUUCAAUGGUCCCCAGUCGACAUCCAGGUCUUGCGCCCAAUGCCAUACAACAAUAGGUCCACUGACUCCCUGCUCAAAAUGUGACACGGCAUUGUACUGCAACGAUAUGUGUCAAAAUCUGCACUGGUUAGAGCACAAGUAUUCCUGCAGGCUCGGAAGGCCCUUAGACGAGGCGGACGACUUCAUUCUCAUGUGCACACGAAAGGAAUUUCCAGCAGAUGAUCUUGUGGCAAAGGCUUUUGGCUUCCUAUAUUUCGCAUCCGCCAAUGAAAGAAAAAGGAUUUUCCACAUAUAUUGCCAGCUAGUGAAUAACUACGGAGUCACAGAAGAUGAACUUCGAGAAGCAUGGCGAAGCAACAAACUGAAGGAGUUUCUCCUCUUCCGCGGCUCCCAGGUACCGUCUUCCACAGUUCAACGAGAAAUACGAUGGUUACAUCAGCAUGAUGGCUUCGCCGCUGGUGCAGUGUGUGAUUUAAGCGAGGAUUUCAAAUCGCAACUGCAUUUGGUCGAGCCAAAAGAUCGCAAAAUCCCAUUCGAUGAGUGGAAGCCCCGAGAGAAACUCGAGGCAUACGUAUUCUUCUAUCAAAUUCUGAAUGGAUUUGUUCCAGAAGCUGACGAAGACAACUGGAUUUUUCUUGGCUUCUGCACGGCUCGAGAUCAUGAUGGUGUUAAAAUGCUAGCAAACCUUUACAAGGUGCUUAUCAGCAGGUGCAAAUUUCAAGAAUUUUGGAAGGCUAUGGAACAGUCUGAUAUGGUCGCCCUAUUUGACAAGUACGGCCUUGGGCACGCCAUCGCGGAACUGCGCAAUUUCGGAACCCUCAUGAACUUCGUGGGAAUCUGGCACCAGAGUGUUUGGGAGUUAAAGCGCUUCACCUUUCUACCGACCAUAGAGCCGAUGCAAGCCGCUGCUUUAGAUUAUGGGUUCUACAACUGUCAAACACCGCAGGAGCGAAUGGAUCUUCGACAAUUGUACGCGGAAUUCUUCGCCCGGGGUGGGGAUGAGAUGGGCCUUCAUCAGGCCUGUAUAAAUGGCCAGUUGGCGUCUUUCUUGCUGUCAGAGUUGCAGAAGCUUCCUGUUUUGACUGAACUGCUGGCAAAUCCCUAUCCUUUAAAACGAUGUGAACACAUGGGUAUGGUAGUGGAGAGUGCGAUUCUUUGUUCAGAGUCUAACUAUGAGCUUGUGAAGAAGGUAUGGGAGGAAAGAGGAGAGAAGGGAGUUGUAUUAACCCAUCCUGAUGAGCAAGAUCAGGGGGUGGACAAGGGAAUUAUAGAGCGAUCACUGUUUUUGGGAGCACCAGUGAGAAUCAGGAAGACGGAUAUACAAGGGGUAACUUUGAAAGAAAUGGCUAUGAUGUCUUGA